AUUUCCUGGCACGUGACCAAAUGAACUACAAGCCCCAGAAUGCCUUGCGGCGCAGAGCGUGACCUAUGCGCGUGCAGUAACGGACCAUGGCGCCGCACAGCCGCUGUGUGACAGGUUAGCAUCCACAACACGGCACCGCCGGGACCAGACGCGUCCGGGACCGCGACCAGAACCGAGGAUGGGGUCCCGAAUCAAGGAGAGGCCCGAGUCGACCUUCGAGGUGUACCUGGAGGUCGCCCAUCCCGGCUCGCCCAGCGCAGGGCCGGAGGUGAGGAGGCAGUUCCCUGAAGACUACACAGACCAGGAGACUCUUCAGACUGUUCCCAGGUUCUGCUUCCCCUUCAACAUGGACAGCCUGACGGUGAACCAAGUGGGUCAGAACUUCACCUUCGUGUUGACCGACAUCGAGAGCAAGCAGAGAUUUGGCUUCUGUCGCCUCUCCUCAGGCGCCCACACCUGCUACUGCAUUGUCAGCUACCUGCCCUGGUUCGAGGUUUUCUACAAGCUACUUAAUAUUCUCGCUGAUUACACCAUCAAAGGCCAGGAGAGCCAAUGGCAGGAGUUCCUGGUGUCCCUCCACACACUCCCCAUCCCGGAGCCGGGGGUCCCCGUUCAUCUGGGUAUGCAUUCCUUCUUCACGGUGCCCGACACCAGGGAGCUGCCCAGCAUCCCUGAGAGCAGGAACCUCACCGAGUACUUCGUAGCGGUGGACGUGAACAACAUGCUGCACCUGUACGCCAGCAUGCUCUACGAGCGCAGGGUCCUCAUCUGCUGCAGCAAGCUGAGCACCCUGACGGCGUGUGUCCACGGCUCCACCACCAUGUUGUUCCCCAUGCACUGGCAGCACGUGUACAUACCUGUGCUGCCUCAGCACCUCCUGGACUACUGCUGCGCCCCAAUGCCGUACCUCAUCGGAGUGCACUCCAGUCUGAUGGAGAAGGUGCGGGCGAUGGCUCUGGACGACGUGGUGGUCCUGAACGUGGACACCAACACGCUGGAGACGCCGUACGACGACCUGCAGAGCCUGCCCAGCGACGUGGUCUCGUCUCUGAAGAGUCGCCUGACGAAGGUUUCCACGACCACCGGGGACGGCGUGGCGCGGGCGUUCCUCCGCAGCCAGGGGGCGCUGUUCGGCAGCUACAGGAACGCCCUGCAGAUGGAGCCGGGAGAGCCAAUCACGUUCAACGAGGAAACCUUCGUGAGCCAUCGGUCCAGCGCCAUGAGACACUUCCUCCAGAACGCCAUCCAGCUGCAGCUCUUCAAACAGUUCAUUGACGACCGGUUGGACCUGUUGAACGCGGGAGAAGGAUUCAGUGACAUCUUCGAGGAGGAGAUCGGCAUGGGCGAGUACGCAGGCAGCGACAGGACGUACCACCAGUGGCUGUUCACGGUGAAGAAAGGGGGCGGGGCUAUCUUCAACACGGUGAAGACCAGAGCCAACCCGGCCAUGAAGACCGCCUACAAGCUUGCCAAGGACCACGCCAAGAUGCGCAUCAAGGAGGUGAAGAGCCGGCUGAAGCAGAAGGAGCAGGUAGAAAACGGCUUCUCCUCAUCGGGGUCCGUCGCCAUGGACGACGACGACAACAACGCCGGCUUCACCUCCUCCACCGUCAGGGGGGAGGGGCCUCUGGACGACCGGCCAAUCACGGUGCAUUUUGGACAGGUUUGGCCUCCAGUUCUGCUGAAGAGGCCGAGCAGCAACGUGAGUCUGGAGAGCAGCAUCGACCACUCUCUGCGUCCCACGCGCCACUACACCGUCUUUCUGUCCGAGGACUCGUCCGGAGACGAGCUCCAGUACGCCGACGCCGCCGCCGUCUCCGGGUUCCCCGACAGCUUUCUCUUCUCCGUUCCUUUUGAGUGGUCUCCUCUGUACGCAGCUCUCUGAUUGGCUCUGCACUGCCCAAUAAUCACGAAGCUUUCCUUCGCUCUUUGCUUUCUCAUCUCAUGGCUGAGCUGCAUUUGUGUUUGUGGUAGAAGUCAUGAGGCAAAACCAACCUGCCUCCAGCCUUUAUAUUCUCUAACAGUUCAUCUACAUGCAAAUGACUGGCAGCACAGCGUCAACCACCAUAGCUAUAUAUAUAUAUUUA